CGCCGACAGGGCUCCACUGUGCUACCGGAAGCGCUUUUCCGAGCCGGGCAUCCACGGAAAAGCAGGCAAUUCAAGAUUAUUUGCUUACUUUUCCACAAAUUACAAGUUUAGCGCCAUUGCCGGAUUCCCUUUCGCAAUUGUUUCUUGCAGAAUUCGCCAUCUCGCCUCUGAUUGGUCAACACGACAUCACGUGACCACGUGAUGGCAACUUGAUGCCUCCUCCCCCUUUAUUUACGUAAAAUAGCAAUGGGGCAGCUGGGCGAAAUGUGCAAAAAUACAUAAGCCAUAAAAGCGAUUUGCUCGCAAGCCGGUGGUCUUGCAGUUUGGUGACUGACUCUGGAGGGUUCCAAGCACCUGCCAGCCAACGAAUUUUCGCCGUGGAUUUCUUGUCGAAAGUUGUGAGCCAAAUAAUCCUCGAGAACAAUGUCGGAGCGACCGCGUUUGCCGCGAAGACAUCCUUCGCGUUAUCCACCCAACAAUUUCGAAGACCAAACGACCGACUCUGGAGGAGAGUCCCAGCCACUUCUGUCAUCAGACACCAGCAGGACCAGCAAUAACAGCUACACUAUGCCUGUGUGUAUGUUUCCCGACUCGGAAACAAGUGACAUGGAGUAUGUCGCUAAUUACCAAAGGACUAGAGAGCUCCUACGAAAAACCUAUACUAACAAUCGCCGCCCGUUUCAUUACCAAACCCAGAGGCGAAUAUCGGGGCAGAUAGAUGAAUCGUCGUCAGCAACUUACAACAGGUUCCAGUACUACAAUAAAUUACGAAGCACAGUAACAGAAGAGGAACCCGCUUUGAUAAUCCCCGACCAUGUUAUUCCGCCGACGUUUUUUCUGCCGUACAUUCCUGGCGCUGACCGGCCUUCUGGCAAGCAGAGCAGCAUUGUCACAAUAUUUGCGAUAUGGAAUACUAUUAUGGGCUCCUCCCUGCUUUCCAUGCCAUGGGGUGUUUCCCAAGCGGGGCUCGGUGGAGGCCUCAUACUGAUGCUUUUCAUGAGUACCAUUUGUCUUUACACCACAUGGCGCCUACUUAAAAUCAACCAGUUGCAUGGCGGUGAACAUACUGAAGUACCAGACCUGUCGAAAAAAUUGAUUGGAUGGCCGGCAGAAAUAGCAGCUAAAAUCUUUUCACUUGUGGUGCUUCUCGGGGCCACUAUUGUGUACUGGGUUCUCAUGUCAAAUUUCUUGUACUACUCUGUAGAUUAUUUUUACACAAAGUUCACUGGAGAAUUGAAUGUCACUGCCAAUAGCUCAACAAUUUUGUGUCCAAAAGUUCCUCUGCCACCCAACAAUGACAGCUCCAGCCUGUUUUCAUUUCUGCAGGCCUCUCCGGAAGACUCGUACCACAAGUGGUGGAACAUGUAUACGACUGUGCCUUUGGUCCUGAUUCCCUUCAUUGGGCCUCUGAUUUGUUGCAGAGAUGCGACAUUUUUCACCAAAUUCAAUUCAGUUGGAACUCUUUCGGUGUUUUAUCUGCUCAUAUUUAUUGGGAUCAAGGGAUUCCAGUGGGGAAUAAAUGCUGACAUCCAUGACUCAAACAGCCCUUCUUUUACGCCGAUAUUUGAAUCUUCAUUCCCUGCAUUAUCUGGACUUCUUGCGCUCUCUUUUUUUAUCCACAACAUUGUAAUCACAGUGAUGAAAAACAACCAAAACCAAGAAAAUAAUGGUCGAGAUUUGUCGAUUGCGUAUGUGCUAGUCACCAUGACCUACAUUAUCAUUGGUUUCGUUUUCUAUGUAACAUUCCCGCUGGCCAAAUCGUGCAUUGAAGAUAAUAUUUUAAAUAAUUUUCCUGGAUGGGACCUGAUGGCUGUAACUGCAAGAAUAUUUUUGCUUUUUCAACUGGUUACCGUUUUUCCUCUGGUUGCCUACAUGAUUCGAGUGCAGGUUUUUGCAGCACUGAAACUCCCAGCAACCUCUCUACAAGCCAGGGGGCCAAUUUUUGCCCUGAACACCUUAAUUAUCUGCCUUUGUGUUGUAUUUGCGAUCUUUCUGCCUAAAAUUGGCACUAUUGCAAGAUUUACUGGAGCUAUAUCAGGAAUGGUGUAUGUUUUCACAUUGCCAUGUUUGCUGCACAUGAUUUCUCUCUACUGGGAAAACAGGCUCACUUGUUUUCAAGUCCUCAUUCACACCAUCAUACCUCUCAUUGGUGGAAUUAAUUUACUUGCGCAGUUCUUUGUAUUGUAAAAUAUGAACUUUUACUUUUGGCCAUAGUUUAAUUGUCUUGAUGUGAUAUAUCUAUAUCUAUAGGGAAAUUUAAAACGCUGCCUUGUAACGACAUCAUUAUUUAAGACUGAAAAAUCAUUUUCGAUGAAGUUUAAUCUGGAUAUUUAUAUUGUAUUAUUAAGAUGAGGCUACCAUACAUGUUUAAACUGUAGAACUGAAAUAUUAUAAUAAAUGGAAACUGGAAGCUUUUUUAAUAAGA